AAAAAAGCAUAUAAUUUUCCACCAAUCAGCUCCCACAUUUUAAACCCACCCAUACGCUCUCACUCACUAUAUUCUUCAUUCAUUCCCUUCUCCAUAUUCUUCUUCGAUCCUCUUUCUACUGCUCUGCGGUGACUCAAAGCUCACCGCCCUCCGCCGCACAAUGCCGAUGGUGACGUCGAACGUAGCGGUGGCGUUAGUGGGCGUGGUAGUACUCUGCUACUUAGCGGCGGCGGCCAAAGCUGAGGACCCCUACAGAUAUUUCACUUGGAAUGUUACUUAUGCCACCAUUUAUCCCCUUGGCGUUCCCCAACAGGGUAUUUUGAUCAAUGGGCAAUUCCCAGGGCCUGAAAUUGAGUGUGUCACCAAUGACAACCUUUUUAUCAAUGUCUUCAACAGCCUAGAUCAGCCUUUCCUUCUUUCUUGGAAUGGAAUUCAGAAUAGAAGGAAUUCAUUUGAAGAUGGAGUAUAUGGGACGACAUGCCCAAUUUUGCCAGGACACAAUUUCACCUACAUGUUGCAAGUGAAAGAUCAAAUUGGAAGCUUCUAUUAUUUCCCCUCUCUUGCAUUUCACAAAGCUGCCGGUGGUUUCGGAGGUAUUAGGAUUCUUAGCCGACCCAGAAUCCCUGUCCCCUUCCCGGAUCCGGCCGCCGAUUGGACCUUCCUCAUCGGAGAUUGGUACAAAGCCAAUCACACGACCUUGAAAACAGUACUUGACAAUGGGCAUAGGUUGCCUCCCCCUGAUGGAAUCCUUAUCAAUGGUCGCGGCCCUAAUAGCAACUGGUUCACUGUUGAACAAGGAAAAACAUAUAGGAUCAGAAUAUCCAAUGUGGGACUGGAAAAUUCACUCAAUUUCCGGAUCCAGGGACACACCAUGAAGUUGGUCGAGGUGGAAGGAACACACACAAUGCAAACAACAUUCGCCUCCAUAGAUGUUCAUGUUGGCCAAUCCUAUUCUUUGCUCUUCACAGCUGAUCAGCCUCCUAUGGACUACUACAUUGCCGUCUCCUCCCGAUUCACCGUUGAUAUCCUCUCUACCACCGCGGUUCUUCACUAUAGUAACUCAAACCGCCCCGUCUCUGGCCCACCUCCCGGUGGACCUACCAUUCAAAUUGACUGGUCUAUUAACCAAGCCCGUGCAAUCAGGUCAAAUCUUUCAGCAAGUGGACCUAGACCUAACCCGCAAGGUUCAUACCAUUAUGGUAUGAUACCAACAAGCAAGACUAUUAAGCUUGCAAACUCUCCUGGUCAAGUGAAUGGCAAGCAAAGAUAUGCUGUCAACAGUGUAUCCUUCAUCCCUGCUGAUACUCCGCUCAAACUCGCCGACUACUUCAAGAUCGGAGGCGUUUUUCGUGCUGGGAGUAUAUCGGAUUUCCCCUAUGGUGGUGGCAUUUACCAGGAUACAUCUGUCCUGAAUGUUGACUAUAGGGCAUUUCUUGAAAUCAUAUUUCAAAAUGACGAAAACAUUGUUCAGAGUUGGCAUAUUAACGGAUACCAGUUCUGGGUUGUUGGAAUGGAUGGAGGAGAAUGGACACCGGGGAGUAGGAAUGAGUAUAAUCUUCGCGAUGCAGUGGCUCGUUCCACUGUUCAAGUGUACCCAAAUGCAUGGACCGCUGUUUAUAUGGCACUUGACAAUGUUGGAAUGUGGAACAUUAGGUCCGAGUAUUGGGCACGACAAUACCUAGGACAACAACUCUACAUGAGAGUCUACACGGAUUCAACCUCGUUAAGAGAUGAAUAUCCUAUCCCAAAGAAUGCUCAUCUAUGUGGCAGGGCAGUCGGCCACCACACACGACCUUCUUAUGUUGGAAUAACCUCUCCAAAUUCUGGUAAUUAAGCCAAGAGGACUAUCAUUCUUCUAGAUUACACAGUUUUUUUAUUUAAAUAUGUAAUCUUUGCUUUCAAUAUGUAGUGCUAAAUAAGCAACAAUGCGGACAUAGAAUCAUGUUAUAUUUGUAUUCUUGAUGACCUUAUCUCAAGGUUACGUUCUAUGACUUCUAUUAUCCCCUCCUACUAAACAUUAAAUUUGGUUACAUAUUGUUUUAAGUUCUGAAAUAGUGCAAUAAUAUUGCACAACGAAUGAA